GUUGUCAAUCAUUUUGUGGUUGCCCGGGUGAUAACGGCCCAAACAGACGCUUCAGUCGCCUCCGGAGGUCGAGUGAGGCAACAGGCAGCUGCUUUCUCGCCCUUCCUCGGCUUCGCAUAACGUCGCCCGAGGCCUGGUGUACAGCCAUUAAAGGUCCAAAGGCGGCUUCCCUCUGUUCCUUCUGCCUUCUUCCAUUUUGGCAGCCAUCGUUGCCUUUUCCAUAUUUUUAGUCUGAAAGUACCAGCCUGUGAAUAUGUCAGAUGAGGAGCCUGAAGAUGAUAACGAUAUUGAAGAAGAGCAAGAAGACACUGAAGAUAAAGCAGAAAAUGAAGAGGAGGAGGAAGAUGAGAAGGAGGCUGGGGAGGAAGAAGAGGAAGAAGAAGAGCACCCAGUUUCCACUCCUCUCACGGAGGAUAUGAUGAAAGAGGGCCUCUCGCUUUUAUGUAAAACGGGCAAUGGCCUGGCUCAUGCUUUUGUAAAAUUAGAGGUCAGAGAAAAGGAAGUGACAGAUAUCACCCUCAUCCAAAAUUUCAUCCACUUACGUUACGUAGACCUGUCUGACAACCUGAUUCGAGACCUAUCUCCAUUGUCAAGUCUUAAUCAUUUGCUGUGGCUGAAAGUGGAUAACAAUAAACUUAUCAGUGCUGGCAUGGAUGAGUUGUCGUAUCUGCAGAGUGCCAGCUUUGCGAACAACCAAAUAAAAGACACCAAUGGCAUUAACCACCCACGCUUGGCCAGCCUCAACCUAAAAGGUAAUGAAAUUGAGAAUGUAACAGGUCUGGAUCCAGAAAUAUUGUCGAAUCUGCACACAGUAGAGUUGCGAGGCAACAACCUAAAAUCUACAACCGGACUCGACCUACCCAAACUCAAAAAUCUGUACCUGGCCCAAAACUCCAUUACCCAGCUAGAGGGCCUGACAGAACUGGGGCAACUCACAACCUUGCAUCUACGUGACAAUCAGCUUGAAACGCUGGAUGGUUUCUCAGAGGACAUGAAGUCUCUUCAGUAUCUCAAUCUACGGGGGAAUGCAAUUAGUCAAAUGCAAGAGCUGGCGAAGUUGCUGGUGCUUCCCAUGUUACGAGCCCUGGUCCUACUAGACAAUCCUUGUUCUGAAGAAGGGGACUACCGGAUAGAAGUUUUGGUCCAGCUGCCACGCCUGGAACGCCUUGAUAAAGAUUUCUUUGAGGAAGACGAACGGGCCGAAGCUGAAGAUAUACGCCAGCGGCGGAAGGAAGAAGAAUUGGAACUAGAGAGAGAAAGAGAGCAAGAAAAGGAACUAGAAGAACCAGAGGACCCUUCCCCAGAGGAGGAAAUACCAGUGGAAUGACAUUGGUGGAGCUGGAGCUGCCUUCCAGAGGCUUCUUUGCUGUCUUAUGCAGCCCUAGACAGCACUGUGCUGGUAUCCAGACGUGUCAGAAGACUGCUGUGUUGCUCUUUCAGGAGAGCCAGAGUCCCCCUGCAGGGUGGUAAAGGGGGAGAGCUGUCUCUGUGCUUUCAAUCAAGAGUUGUGAUUUGAGGCAUGUGAAUUAAAAAAACAAAAAAAACAAA